ACCCGUAAAUUCAAGUUGUCUAUAAUUUGCUGGGAUUUAUAGCUAAUUUUCCCGCCCUUUAUGAACCUUUACGGAGAUUUCUUGAAACACCAUAACCGUCUACUACUACUACUAAAAUCUUGUUCAAAGACUCCUUCCCUUCGCAACACCAAACCUCUUCAUGCACUUGUCAUCACUUUGGGUCCAAACUCUAGCCAAACUACCUUCCUUUUCAACAAUGUCAUCUCUAUCUACGCAUCAGUCGGUGAACUAUCAUCAGCACGUAAGGUGUUCGACAAGAUGCCGGAGAAAAACGUGGUGUCGUUUAAUACCAUAAUUAGUGGUUACAGUAGGUGUGGAUAUGUCGGGGAAGCUUGGAGAUUGUUUUAUGAUAUGAGAAAUUGUGGGUGUAGGUCGACCCAGUUCACGUUGGGUGGGUUAUUGUCGUGUGAUUUGUUGGACCUUUGCAAGGGAGUUCAGUUGCACGCUCUGAUUGUGAAGAAUGGGUUGUUUAUAGCAGAUGCUUUUGUAGGGACUGCUUUGUUAGGUUUAUAUGGAAGGCAUGAGAGCUUGCAUGAGGCGGUUUGUGCAUUUGAGGAUAUGCCUAAGAAGAGCAUAGUGACGUGGAAUUCGAUAAUAUCUAUUUUUGGGCGAUAUGGAUUUGUUGAAGAUUGUAUAUUUUUCUUUCGUGAUCUUGUCAGGGAAAAGAUUCCUUUGUCUGAAGGUUCUUUUGUGGGUGUUUUAUCAGGAUUUAUUUGUGAACAAUAUUUGGGAUCAGGAGAACAGAUACAUGGUUUAGUGAUUAAAAAUGGGUUUGACAAUGAAGUUUUGGUUGUGAAUUCUGUUAUUAAUAUGUAUGUGAAAUGUAUGCGCAUCAGCUCAGCGGAGAAAAUGUUCGAGCUGAAUGUUGGGGAUGUUGUAUCUUGGAAUACAAUUAUUGGUGCAUUGGUAAAGAACGAAAAACCUGAAAAGGCAUUGGAAUUUUUCUUAAGGAUGUCUUCGGAUCAAGAUUUUCAAAAUGGUACCACAUUUGUAUAUGUUAUUAAUUCUAUUGCUGCUCUGCAGAUCCCAGUGUGUGGAAAAUCUAUCCAUGCUAAGAUAAUAAAAAUUGGUUUAGAAUGUGAUGCUUUUGUGGGCAGUGCAUUAGUUGACUUCUAUGUGAAAUGUGAUAAUUUGGAAGAUGCUCAACUGUCGUUUGAUGAAAUAUCUGAUAAGAAUGUGGUUUGUUGGAAUUCGUUGAUAUUGGGUUAUGCAAAUAAAUUCUCUUCUACUUCUAUGUUUUUACUAUUAGACAUGGUUCAACUAGGUUACCAACCGAAUGAGUUUACAUUUUCUCAUGUUCUUAAAUCAUCAUUUACCUUUGAGCUUUCUCAGCUUCAUUGUUUGAUUAUAAGAAUGGGAUACCAGAGCAAUGAAUAUGUAUUGAGCUCCCUUAUGAGUUCAUAUGCCAAAAAUGGUCUUAUAUCAGAUGCCAUAGCUCUUGCCACACUUUCCAACUCACCAAUUGCUGUUGUCCCCUCUAACAUCAUUGCUGGAAUUUAUAACAGGUUGGGUCAGUAUCAUGAAGCACUAAAGUUGCUUUCUCUGCUUGAAGAACCGGACAUAGUAUCUUGGAACACUGCUAUUGCAGCUUGUGCUCACAAUGGUUAUUAUACAGAAGUUUUUGAACUUUUUAAAUACAUGCAACUGGCUGAUAUCCAUCCAGACAAUUGUACAUUUGUUAGCCUCUUGAGUGCAUGCACCAAACUAUGCAACCUUACUUUGGGCUGUUCGCUUCAUGCUCUCAUCAUAAAGGCUGACAUAAAUCGUUGUGACACAUUUUUGUUCAAUGUGUUAAUAGACAUGUAUGGAAAAUGUGGGAGCAUAGGAAGUUCAAUAGAAAUAUUUAAAAUGAUGACAGAUAGAAACAUAAUCACAUGGACCACUCUAAUUUCAGCUCUUGGACUCAAUGGUUUUGCUUAUCAGGCAUUAGAAAAGUUUAGAGAGAUGGAAAUUUUGGGGUUUAAGCCCGAUAGGGUUGCUGUCCUUGCAGUGCUUACGGCUUGCAGACAUGGUGGCUUAGUGACAGAAGGGAUGGAGUUGUUUGGCCGAAUGAAAAGGACUUAUGGGGUUGAACCAGAAAUGGAUCAUUAUCAUUGUUUGGUGAACUUACUGGCCACAUAUGGACAUCUGAAGGAAGCUGAGAAAAUAAUAGCUACAAUGCCUUUCCCACCAAAUGCCCUUAUAUGGCGUAGUUUCCUUGGAGGCUGCAGGAGACAAAAAACUGUAGAAUAUGAAGCAGUUGGAUGAGAUCUAUGACACGCUAGUCAUAUUGUGAUUGCAGAGAUUUCUCAUUCCCCACCUUGAAUUCAUCUGGACUUGGUUUAGCAUCUCACACAACAUGGAAUGGCAAAAUGGAUUCAUGAUUUGGUUGGCAGAGGUCCUUUUAAGCAGUUGUGGUCGAUAGGCCAAACAGAAUGGAGGAAUUUCUUAAACAUUGCUCUUUAUCACCAGACUGAGUUGUCACCUGAUCCUCUACCAAAGCUCACUACCCUAAUUCAUGUACCUAUCAGUCAAACACUUGUUCACAAUGACACUCCAGACCCCAGUAGCUAAUGGAUUUCCUUAGUUUUUUGAGUUUAGCAGA